GGUCCCUUAAGUUCGCCGAUUUCAAGCAGUUGGAUUUGCACUCCCUGUGGAUAUCAUAAAAACACAAAUGGCCACGUUAUUUUUUCCCCUCCUCAAAUGCGAUCCUUUUACCGCAGGCUUACAACAUGAAGUAAAUGAAACACGUAUGGACGUGGAUAGCUAAUCGAUUUGCAAAGAGACUUUUUGUCACAAGUGUAAAAAGCAAGGACUGCGAAAUAGUACAUGAGAUUGCACCGAGUAGAAAUCAACGAUCUCGAAAUCAUACCGAAACUUGUAUCAGAGGAAGUUGUACUGGCGAUAGUGUAUUUUGUGUUAGAAUUGUGGUAUAAUCAUAUUAUUAUACGACCAAAAACUCUCCUAUAAAUUUACUCUCGAGUAGAGGUCAAACCGCCCAUAAGGUAUGCUUUCACAAACGAAAGAAAACCCAAAGCAACAGCUUUCCCAGGCAAGCUAACUGAUAAAGGGCCUGUAAUCUUCUACAAGCUAACUCUUGGCAUAUUUCUUUUUUACGGUCGCUUCAGACUGCUCAUAUCCAAGAAAAAAAGAAUUACAAUUUUGCCUUCUUGUUAAUUUGGUCUCAAUAAGAUGACCAGUCAGCCACGAAUGCAAUGCAAUCUUGCGAAGGCACACUGCAAAUGUUAAAGGUGAAGAAGAAGAAGAAGAAGAAAGUAAAGAGAUCACAUUCACUCGCGGGGAGGCCCCAAACCAAAUUCCUAAUUUGGUGUAUCUUUAAAACUCUAGUGGGUUCCGCUUAAGUAAAGACAAAUGCCAUUUUACAGACUCACAGCUUCAGUGAGCAGGUGACCAGAACAAAAAUGGUGAGAUGCCCUGUUGUCCAAUCUUUUCUGCCUUCUCCUGAGUAUUCCGCUUAUUAUAGCAAGCAGAACCACCGAAACCAAAAAUGGGGAAAAAAGGGACACCCACUUAACAAUUCUUCUCAUUUUGUCGACGAGCCUGGCGAUUUUGCCUUACCUCCCUUGAAACAGCAAAGAUUUCAAAAUCGAAAGGGAAGAAACAAUCUAUUCAACCAUUAAUCUUCCCUUGUUUCAAUUCUUCCAGUGAUCCCCUGUUUUAGCUUCCUCUGUUUUUCGGCAUUUCCCAGCUCCUUUGGAAAAGAAAAAAAAUGCGGCUUUCCACUUCUUCUCGGAUGGGUUUUUUUAUCACAGCGGUAGUGAUUCUUUACGAAGCCGCCGCCGAAGCCGCCUCUGCUGUUCUCCACUUACAGAGGAUGGUUCCUCUGAAUUCAUCCGUGGUUUCCGUGGACCAUCACCGAGCUAGGGACCGAGCCAGGCACGCUCGCCUCUUCAAUGGGGUCGUCAAUUUCUCCGUCUACGGAUCCGCUGAUUCUUUCUACUACGGGAUUUAUUUCACGAAAGUGAAAUUGGGGACUCCUCCAAAGGAGUUCAAUCUCCAAAUUGAUACGGGGAGCGAGCUGACAUGGGUCAGCUCCAAGUCAUGCCCCUCUUGUCCGCGCUCGAGCCGAUUCGGGAUUGAGCUCAGCCACUAUGACGUUGCAGCAUCUUCCACAUCAAAGGUUAUUCCGUGUUCAGACAAGAGUUGUACUGCAAUCACUCUUGGGGAUGCAACUAGAUGUUCAAUCGACGGCCAAUAUUGUGGCUACGUUAUGAAAUACAUGGAUGAGUCGACAACAUCGGGAUUUUAUGUGGCUGAUACCUUUCAUUUUGAAUCAGUUUCGUCCAGCUCAAACACCUUAAAUGCCUCAGCUGGAAUCCUUUUUGGGAUUUAUUUCACGAAAGUGAAAUUGGGGACUCCUCCAAAGGAGUUCAAUCUCCAAAUUGAUACGGGGAGCGAGCUGACAUGGGUCAGCUCCAAGUCAUGCCCCUCUUGUCCGCGCUCGAGCCGAUUCGGGAUUGAGCUCAGCCACUAUGACGUUGCAGCAUCUUCCACAUCAAAGGUUAUUCCGUGUUCAGACAAGAGUUGUACUGCAAUCACUCUUGGGGAUGCAACUAGAUGUUCAAUCGACGGCCAAUAUUGUGGCUACGUUAUGAAAUACAUGGAUGAGUCGACAACAUCGGGAUUUUAUGUGGCUGAUACCUUUCAUUUUGAAUCAGUUUCGUCCAGCUCAAACACCUUAAAUGCCUCAGCUGGAAUCCUUUUUGGUGAUAGCACGUACCGCUCUGGCAUGUUGGCCGAGACAGAGACAGCUGUAGAUGGGAUCUUCGGAUUCGGCAAACAGAAGUUGUCCGUUCUCUCCCAACUGUACUACAAAGGAAUCACCCCUCGAGUGUUCUCUCACUGUUUGAAAGGAGGGGGAACUGGAGGCGGUGUCUUCGUACUUGGAGAGGUUUCGGCACCAGGGAUGGUCUACACUCCUCUCGUCCCAUGGCAGCCCCAUUACAGUGUACACCUUGAGAGCAUUGCAGUUAAUGGAAGGCCGCUACCCGUGGAUCCUCAAACCUUCAUACCGUCAACUGAUUAUGCAACAGUUCUAGACACCAGAACAACAUUUUCAUACUUUGUGCCAGAAGCCUACAAUCUGUUUAUUAGUGCUGUUAAUAAUGCAGUAUCAAAAUUUGGGACUCCUAGAAUAUAUUAUGGGUUCCAGUGUUACGCGAUUAGUUCCAGGCUAUUUCCUCCGGUGAGCUUGAAUUUUGCUGGUGGGGUUUCUUUGGGGCUAAAACCGGAAGAAUAUCUUUUUCUUUCCAAUGAUGGUAGUAUGUGGUGCGUAGGUUUUCAGAAGGUUCCAGGACAAACCAUUUUAGGAGAUCUUGUUCUCAAAGACAAGAUAUUUGUUUAUGAUUUGGUCCAGCAAAGGAUCGGGUGGGUCAAGUAUGACUGCUCGUCGUCAGUGAAUAUAUCAGUUCCUAGCGACGACUUCUUUUACCAAAAGCAGUCAAGCUCGGGCAGCUCAUCUAGAGGCUUGCUCGUCCAUUUGCUUCCUGUAGCCAUUGUCACCGUGUUCUUUUCAGUUUAGUUGUUACCUAGAUUAGCCUAUGUGAUUCAUGUACAUAUGCACUCUUGAGAGGAUCAAUGAAUCACUUAAUGAUUACUUCAAGAAUGCUUCUGUUGCCUUUCCAUUUCGUUAAGUAAAAGCUAUUUAUCUCCCUUGCCUUGCUCUCUCUUCUGAAAGUUUAUUCAUCAUGGGAAGGAGAUGGUGCUGCUGAAUGCUGAGUGCCGAGUACUUUGCUCUUUGAGUAUUAUUGGAGUUUCAUACUUAUUAGAUUCUUGUCCUUUGCUUCCACUGACUUCCCUGUUAAUUUUUUUAUUACACUAUUUUAACUCUUUUUUCCUUUGCUCUUAUGUUGUCCUGUUGAUGAAUUUGGGACAAGUUCAACCUUAGUCUUGAUCUAUAAUGAUCAAGUUUAGUCCACUUGGAGAGCAGAUGAUGGCAAUGGAGAUCUUCCUUCCUGUUUUGGAUCAGCAUAACGGCCUCUCGGUUUAAUGAUUUUCACUUGUGUCUUCAUGCAGUCUCUGGAGGGAUAUUGAUGAGUACUACUGUCAAUAAAGUCGGAUCUAUAUCUACUAUCCAGCACCUUUACUGUCAUGUGGACAAAAGGCACUCAGCCAAACAUGACUCCAACUGGUGAGAUUUUUGCGUACACUUGCCUGGCUUCUUGUGGGGGUUUUCCUCUAAGGAACUCAAACUUUUAUACCCUUAUGCAAUCCAGUAAGGGAAACCUCACCUCAGCCUCCUUGAUCUUUGAAUGCAUCCCCACAAUAUGCAACAGCUCAGUUUGAAGAUCUAUCUGUAGCAACUCUCUUAACUGUCAUCUCAUUAUAUUUUUUUGGUUCUGAAAGUGAGUCCUCGCCAUGUUCUUUACUAUCGUUUGGUUGCUGCAGUAUUGAAGGCUGGCGAUGGGGAAAGAAGUUGCUGAUGAAUCUAUGAAAUCAUAUCAGGGAGGGAGAAAAUACUGUGGAUGAGGUCUCCAAAUUCCGGGAAUAGGUUUAAGGUCGUUCAAUUUUUCAUUGGUUUUCACCAGUCCAAGUAUUUAUUUGUGUUAUUUCCUGAAUGGUAGAAAAGGAAUCCUUUUUCAGCUGCCGAGACACCUCUUGGAACAUUUUUAUAUCAGAAAACGGAUUGUUCCCUUCGCUCUCCAUUCCUUAUGCUAUAAUGCAGCGCCUUUUGUGAAUAUCUCAUUGUUGUAUUAAUAUGCUAAAGCCAUCCUGCUUAAUGCCUAACCAGCAGCAGCAAGAUAAUGCAUAUUAUUUUUAUUGGUUACUAUUGUUUUUGUUUAUUUUAGGCCAAGGGAUCGACAUCAUCAUUAGAUGGCAUGCGACAUAUGCUGAACCCGAGACACAAAAAUGGUGGUUAUGCUUUUCGAAUUGGAAUUUUCUCUUUCUCCUAUGCAGGGUGAGAACGAUGGUGAUGGUUCGCUUUUUCUGUGUGUUUAAUUUGGAGUGCGGGCCUUAAGUUGUCUCUUCUGAUUGUAAUGUCUAAUCAUUCUUGAACGACUUGUAGCCCAAGUAGAUAUGAAGUGUGCUUCUAGUUGCUGCCACCUGUUAUGGUAUGUGAUAGUUUAACCUUUUCAAUUUGAAUGAUUUUCUGGGUUUCUGUUUUGUUUUUCAUGCUGAAUUCUUGAAAUUUUUAUGUGCCAGCAUCUUCAAGAUGCUCUACGCAUGGGGCUCUUAUGCCCUCAGAAUCCACAGCUUCAUUUUUAGCUACUGUACGCUCUGUAACAACGAGGAGGUCAGUUCCUUUUCUUCUCAUAUUUCUGCACUUCGUAUCCCAGCCUGCUUCUUUUUGUGGCUAAUGCCAUUUUGUACCUUGUCUCGCAAGAAAUCUACACUUUGGUAAUGAUGUUUGAUCUCAUUUACCUCUCCCCGUCUUUGAUGUAAUUCGUGUUCAAAAUUCUUAUGGGGUAAUCUGGAGUAAGAAAAGAAAGCAAAGGUUAGCUUGGAAGCAUGUGGCUCUGGGCCACUCUUGCUGAUCAGAAGAUCCUAUGGAUUGCUUGGUUGAAGGAAUACAGACUGGGGAUCUAAGCAUCUGGGAAACUCAAAUAAAAGGGUCCUGGGUGUGGAAUAAGAUCCUUAAUCUCAGAUCUCUUGUUAGCUCCAAACUGGUGAGGACAGAUCAUGGGGUAGAAUGAGCAUGGACCCUAAUGAUUAAGUACAAAUCAGCAGGGUCUGGGACAGCAUGAGACCUAGGAAGGAGGUGGUACCAUGGUCUAAACUAGUGUGGAAAGGACCUCAGAUUCCUAAGAAUUUCCUGCUCACCUGGCUAAUCUUCAUUGAUAGGAUCACCACUCUUGACAAAAUCAAAAGAUGGAGACCUGAGAUUGAUGAUGUAUGUCCUUUAUGUCAAUCAGCUCCUGAAUCCAGAGAUCAUCUGUUCUUCUCAUGCCACUAUGUAAAGGAAGUGUGGCGAAUCAUGUUUCCCCAUCCCUGGAGGUUCCCAUUAAUCACUAACCUUCCAACUGCAACACAAGUUGCAGUAAGGGAACUUGGUAAGAAUGUGGUAGGGAGAGUUCUUUGGUGCCUCCUAUUAAGUGAGGUUUGGCAAGAAUGCUGUAGGAGGAUGUAUGGAAAGAAGUCCCUGGAGAUUGAAGGUUUGGUUCAAAGAAUGGAAGCGGUUAUGCUGGCAAAGAUAGCAGGUGACCCGAAAUUUGCAGGCAGCGUUACAAAAUCCUCUGUGGUUUCAGCUUUGCGGAAGUUCUACCUGAAUUUGUAUAGAUAUUGGCUUGUAUAGUUUGGAUGAACUGUUAUGCUGUAGCUGUCCUUAGUUCCAGUCAGUAGACUCCUGGUUAGCCAGGUAGUUAGUUCGAGGUGAUUUCUGUUGUAACACAUUUGUAGAUUUGAUCGUAUUUGAUGAAUAAAGCCAACCAUUCAUCGAAAAAGAAAUUAGGUGAAACUUAGAGAAUUGGCUUCUCCUGAGGGGCAUGUGCUUUUUAAGCAGCUGAGGGAUGCAUCAGAAUCUCUUUAGACAGUGCGAACAGAAAGAGGAUGCAGAGCAAGCUAUCUGUAUGGUUAGCACUUCUCUUCCUCGAUUUCCUUUUCCUUGGUUCAGUUGUGGUAGCUAGAUAUAUCUUCAUGCUUUGCAAUUCGAUUUUGAUGCAUCAUUGUAUCUACAUCCGCUAUUUGCUGUUGAUACUACCAACUGCAGGUGGAAGCAUUGGCAGUGAAAAUGAAGGUGACCUAAUUCAGGAGAAGUUUCAAGUGAGAAAGCUCCCAGGUGACUAAUGUAUUUUCUUGGGGUCAAUUUGCACAGUAUUGUUAUGUUAGAUGAUCUCUUCUUGUCCACCAAUUUGUCAUCAAUUUAUAUUUAUGUCUCUCCUGGUGUCCACACUCCACAGGCUUCAGAAGAUGCCUAAAAGUUGGUCACUUAAGAAAGAUCACUGCUUGUGCUGAAAUCGAAAGCGCCAGGGCCAUUGUUUGGAGCUCGAGGGAGGCCAUACAGGAAGAAGAAACGAAUCCUCAAACUUCUAAAACUGUGUCUCCGGCUAACUCCGUCAUCGAGUUGUUUGUCCAUUCGAUUUGAGAGACUUCAUACAUUGUCUGCAAAAGGUGUUUUAGCUUGUGGCUUCAAAUUGCAGAAUGUGGAAGUACCACAAGAUGAAGUGCACUUUCCUGAAGUCUAUUUUGUCAAGAACAAGUUGCUUCCAAUAACUCGCGUUGUUGGGAGAGGUUCAAUCGUGGAUCAUAUACCACAACACUAACACGCCCCCUUAAACGAAAGCCACUCACAAGGGCUUGAAAUUUGCACAGGUCCGAAGACAAGAAUACCAUGUGCUUAACAAAUGGGGGUCACUGAAAAUCGAACACAAGACCUCUCAGUCACAGAAGGCUCCGAUACCACGUCAAGAACUAGUUGGUCCCAAUAACUCGAGUUGUUGGAAGAUGUUCAAUCGUGGAUCAUAUACCACAACACUAACAUAUUCUACCUACCAUUUCGAUGAACUUUGACAAUGUCGGUUAUCACCUUGUUUUUAGAUGGAACUAGCUCUAAUCUAGCCAGUGGCGGAGCCUGAAAUUUGAAGGGGCCCUAAAAACUAUACACGGGAGUGGUUUGAAUCAUGGUCAUUGGCGAGAGGGGGCUAGUGGCUUACCGACUAGUCAAUUUUUAGAAUUCUGUUACACAUUUUUCAUGUAAAUUUACCUAUUUUCGAAAGUUGGUGGGGGGGGGGGGGGGGGGGGCUAUAGCCCACCUGGCUUCGCCACUGAAUCAAGCUAUAGUGUGUAUAUUUAGGAUAGCGUACACUUGACAAAAAAUGCUCUCAUAUCGAUGGUUGGUUUCUAGUCAAUCGUCAUUCUUUUCUCUUAAAUUGUAUUCGGCCUCCGAUGAAUCUAAUUGAUCAGCUUGUGACGGAUAACAGAUUCCUAUUUCGAUAAUUUAGAAUUAAUUUUUAGUUGAAAAUUACCGAAAGGUCCUAAUAUUUGUCAGAAGUCAGAACGGUUGGGAUUUUGUAAUGAAGUGUGUUUAAAUGAAAGAUCUCCAUAUAUUAAUGGAGGAUCCUCUAGCUUUUCUUAUUUUGGAAAAUUCAUUAAUAUUAUAUUGAGGAAAAUCAAUUUUGGGCAAACGCAAUCAUAAAAUCAUAUUAUCUCCUUUCCUAAAGAUCCAACUAGGGACGUAAUAAUAUUGCAAGCUCACCUACCUCCAUCAUCGUUCUAUAUAAACCAAACUUCAUGUGCUCUGUAUCUCAUUCGCUGCAGACUGAUAUUCGAAAGAGAAGACCACAAAAUAUCCAAGCACGAUGGAAAGGAUUCACUUCAAGCUGUUGUUCUGUGUUGUGCUUUUGGUUCUCGCUGUUUCUGGUACGUAUAAUAUCGUUCGUUUCAUAUGAUUGCACAUUGAACCAUAGACUUUGAUUAAUUACGUUGUUAGAAAUUAUAACCGAAAAAACAAUCUUGGGUAUUAUUAUAGGUGGAAAGAAGAGCAACAUUGGAGUGGAAGCCGGAAGAACAACUUCGGGGUGGCACGAAGAUCAACAUUGUGUGAGCGUUCGUUGCAAAAGUGAUGCGGAUUGCAGUCCACCACAUUACAUUUGUAAUAGGGCAAUAGGUUUCUGUGUCUGCGCAGCAAAAGCACAGGAUGCAGAUUUCCUCGCUUCACUGCACAAGAGAUUCGGAAAAGGGAAUUAAAAAUAUUGAGUCAGUAUGAAUAAAAUAUAAGAGAGAACAAAGAAUUGUCCAAUUUUCUUUGCAAAUAUGCUACCUAUUCGGUUACCAAAUUUCACCCAAUAUUUGAAGUUUUUCGCUGAGUAGUUUAAAAUUUCCAAUAGUGUUUACGAUAUGAUACCAAAUUAAUAUAUAAAUAACGGUGUCCUAUUUUCAAAUUUUGAUAAUACGAUCAAGUUGGCGUGCAAAUAAAUUAUAUAAGAUUCGGUGUUGAGCAUGUUCCAGUCACUCGAAAUAUUCACACUUGACGUCAUAAAAAAAUGCUAUUUUCUCGAUGAACCCGCCUCAAAUUAAUUAUCGUUAUUUUCUCUUAUUUGUAUUAGAAGUUAUAACUGUUGUUGGCUGAAUAGACUUCUAGUUUGUAUCUUACAUGUUUCCUUUUGGGAAUAUUAGUUGCAAAAACGCUUCAUAAGAAUGAUUAGUCCCUUUUUAAGUUGUCUUUCUUUACCCUUUGCACAUAAAGAGAUUCUGAUCAUUUAACUUUUUUUUAUUUAUAUAAAUACCAAAUUAUCCUUCUAAAAUUUUUUUAGGACGUUGGAGAUUUAGAGUGUUUAAAUGAAGAAUCUUCACACAUUAAUGGUGGAUACUAUUGCUUUUAUAAUUUUGGAAAACUCAUUAAUCUUUGUACUGAGGAAAAUCAAUUUUUUUAGAAAAACACAAUCAUAAAUCAUAGACAUCUUUCCAAAAAGAUCCAACUAUGAGCAUUAAUAUUGCAAGCUCACUUACCCCUCUAGUCUCGUUGUAUAUAAAAACCAAACUUCAUUCGAUUUUGUAUCUCAAUUUCUCUGCAAAUUUGAUAUCUUAAAAAAAGAGAGGAACACAUAGCUCAUUGAUCAGGUGACAAAACAUAUCCAAGCACGAUGGAAAAAAAUCACUUGAUCAAGGUGUUGUUUUGUGUUAUGCUUCUGGUUCUCGCAGUUUCUGGUAUGCAUUAUUAUCGUUCGUUUUACAUGAUUUUCGCAAGUGAUAGUAGACUACGAUGUUUAAUUAAACCGUUUAAACUUAUCACUGAAAGUAAAUAUGGUGGCUGUUACAGGUGGAAAGAAGAACAAUAUCGGAGUGGAAGCUGGUGGAAGAACAACACCAGAGGGAGAGGUAGAAACGCACUGCGUGAGCGUACGUUGCAAAAAGUGAUGCGGAUUGCGAUCCGCCACACCGUUACAUCUGUAAUAGGGCAAUAGGUUUUUGUGUCUGCUCACCGGAAGCACUGUAUGCGGAUUUCCUCGCCCAAACGUCCAAGAGACUUGGAAAAGGGAACUAGAAAAAAAAAUAUAUGAAGUCUUCUAUGAAUAAAAUAUCAUUAUGAGGUUGUUUAAUUCACUAAGACAGAGAUUCUUCAAAACGAAAUUCUUGCUCAUGUUUUGGAAGAUCUUAUAGGGCUCCCUCCCGACCAACCUUUUUAUUAGCACGGACGCUGCUGCUACUCGCAAACUCGUCAAAUACCCAUGUUGUUAAAUAAUUUUUAACAACUCAAAUUAUUAGCACGGACGCUGCUGCUACUCGCAAACUAGUCAAAUACCCAUGUUGUAGGAAUGACUCGAAACCAAAAUUUCUCAAGAGGAAUUGCAUGGUUACUUGCUUGGAAAUCGAACUUUUUUUAAUUUCUGUAUCUAAAUUGGCAGUCAGUACUACAAUUAUCCUACUGAAAAGAGUACGAAAGAGAGAAGAACCAAAUACAUGAAUUGUAAAAAUUACCGAUCAACCUAUCACUUGAAGAAUAAUCUAUGUCUAUAAUUUUAAGAGGAUUAUAAUUUAUACCCCAAAGGAAUUAAUUAACCACCCAAAAUCAAAGCCACCGGCUGAUGGAAAAUCUCCAUAUAUUAAUGGGGGAUCCUAUUGCUUUUCUAAUUUUGAAAAAAAUCAUUAAUAUUAUUAUGAGGAAAAUCAAUUUUGGUUAAACACAAUCAUAAAUCAUAUGUUUCUUUCCUAAAGAUUCAAUUAGGGACGUAAUACUGCAAGCUCACCUACCUCCAUUGUCAUCCUAUAUAAAUCAAACUUCAUGUGCUCUGUAUCUCAUCCAUCGCAAACUGAUAUUUAAAAGAGAAGACCACAAAACUCAUUGAUCAAGUGACAAGACAUUUCCAAGUAGGAUGGAAAAGACUCACUUCAAGCUGUUGUGUUGUGCUUUUGGUUCUCGCACUUUCCGGUAUAUAUUAUUGUUCAUUUUAUAUGAUUCCAUAUUGGAUAAUAGACUUAGAUGUGUUUA